AGAACCCCGGACUAGAGGAGGCGGCUUGGAGAUUGUGGGAGUUCUCGGUUGGCUUCUGUCACCCGCGUGGCUCGGGCUCAGGGCUUGGGCUGCGCCUCUCCCUCCCUGGAGGUCGCGCCCUGCGGCGCUGGAGAGGCCCGGUUUGAGUUUUCAGACGUCCUCCAGACGUCCCUGAGCAUCCCCUUUGAGACUCUGCGGGGAGGGUGAGGAGAAGGCCCCCAGGGGCUCGGCUGGAGGCGGCCGUGGCCGCGCGCGUCUUCGCCUCAGGGACUGGCCGGGCGGGAGGGACCUUGGUCACAACGGGGCUGAGUAGGGGAAGCCCGACGUGUUGUUUAUUUCUCUAUUCGCCGGUUGCCUCCCAUUCCCCCGCCUUCCCCCGCGCCAUUCAGUCAUCUCCUGUGUCGCCCUAGGCCGUGGUCUCCGGAACAUCCAGAGGAUUCUAUUAUCUUUUGGGGACCCCUUAUAUUUGGAACCUACACAAAACAUCCUCUAUGACAGUGGUGAACACCUUUGUAGGGCAUGAGUGCCAAUUUUAGAGGCAGAGGAUUUGGGCGAGGAGGAUUUCAAAGCUGGAGAAGAGGAAGAGGUAGCUGGGGCUCUGGUAGAGGGAGAGGAAAAGAACAAAGAAAUGAUGGGAAGAAAACUACAGAGAAACAUGUUUCAUUACAAAACCCAGAACCUUGGCCACGGCAAUCAACUCUAGACCAAUUCAUACCAUAUAAAGGCUGGAAAUUUUAUUUCUCUGAAGUUUACAGCGAUAGCUCUCCUUUUGUUCAGAAGAUUCAAGCAUUUGAAAAUUUUUUCACAAAGCACAUCGAGUUGUAUGAUAAGGAUGAAAUAGAAAGAAAAGGGAGUAUUUUAGUGGAUUAUAAAGAACUGACACAAGAUGAUGCAUUGACUAACUUGAUACCAAACAUUGCAACUGAAUUAAGAGAUAUGCCAGAAAAAACACUGGCCUGCAUGGGUCUGGCAAUUCAUCAGAUAUUAACAAAAGAUCUUGAAAGACACGCAGCUGAAUUACAGGCCCAAGAGGGAUUAUCAAGUGAAGGAGAAACAAUUGUAAAUGUACCACAUAUUAUUGCAAGGGUAUACAACUAUGACUCUCUAACUCAGCUGAAAAAUGUCCGAGCCAAUUGCUAUGGGAAAUACAUUGCUUUACGAGGAACAGUUGUUCGAGUCAGUAAUAUAAAACCUCUUUGCACCAAGAUGGCUUUUUUGUGUGCUGCCUGUGGAGAAAUACAAAGUUUUUCUUUUCCAGAUGGAAAAUACAGUCUUCCCACAAAGUGCCCUGUGCCUGUAUGCCAUGGGAAAACAUUCACUGCUCUCCGAAGUUCUCCUCUCACAGUUACCGUGGAUUGGCAGUCUAUUAAAAUUCAGGAGUUGAUGUCAGAUGACCAGAGAGAAGCAGGCCGGAUUCCUCGAACAAUAGAAUGUGAGCUUGUUCAAGACCUUGUAGAUAGCUGUGUCCCAGGAGACAUAGUCACCAUUACAGGAAUUGUUAAAGUAUCAAAUACUGAAGAAGGUUCUCGAAAUAAGAAUGAUAAAUGCAUGUUCCUCUUAUACAUUGAAGCAAAUUCUGUAAGCAAUAGCAAAGGACAAAAAACAAAAAUUUCUGAAGAUGGGGCAAAUUAUGGAACAUCUAUGGAAUUUUCACUGAAAGAUCUUUAUGCUAUCCAAGAGAUUCAGUCUGAAGAAAAUCUUUUUAAGCUUAUUGUCAAUUCACUUUGCCCUGUAAUUUUUGGUCAUGAACUUGUUAAAGCUGGUUUAGCAUUAGCACUUUUUGGAGGAUGCCAGAAGUAUGUGGAUGACAAAAAUAGAAUUCCAGUUCGAGGAGACCCACACAUCCUAGUGGUUGGAGAUCCAGGAUUGGGAAAGAGUCAAAUGCUACAAGCAGUGUGUAGUGUUGCCCCACGUGGUGUUUACGUUUGUGGUAAUACAACUACUUCAUCUGGUCUGACUGUCACACUUUCAAAAGAUAGUGCAUCUGGAGACUUUGCAUUAGAAGCUGGUGCCCUGGUACUUGGUGAUCAAGGUAUUUGUGGAAUAGAUGAAUUUGACAAGAUGGGCAAUCAGCAUCAAGCCUUGCUAGAAGCUAUGGAACAGCAAAGCAUUAGCCUUGCUAAAGCUGGCAUUGUCUGCAACCUCCCAGCAAGAACUUCAAUUAUUGCUGCAGCAAACCCAGUUGGGGGACACUAUAAUAAAGCCAAAACUGUUUCUGAAAAUUUAAAAAUUGGGAGUGCUCUGUUAUCUAGAUUUGAUUUGGUAUUUAUCCUGCUGGAUACCCCAAAUGAGGAUUAUGACCAUUUACUUUCUGAACAUGUGAUGGCAAUAAGAGCUGGAAAGAAGAAAACAGUUUCAAGUGCCACAGUGUCUCGUAUGAGCAGUCAAGAUUCAAACACCUCUUUGCUUGAAGUCGUUUCUGACAAACCUUUAUCAGAAAGACUAAAGGUUUCUCCUGGAGAAAACUUAGAUCCAAUUCCACAUCAUUUAUUGAGAAAGUAUGUUGGAUAUUCUCGGCAGUAUGUUCAUCCAAAGUUAUCUCCAGAAGCUGCUCAAAUUCUUCAAGAUUUUUAUCUUGAGCUUCGGAAACAGACUCAACGAUUAAAUGGUACCCCAAUUACCACAAGGCAGUUGGAGUCACUAAUUCGUCUGACAGAGGCUCGGACAAGAUUGGAAUUAAGGGAGAAAGCAACCAAAGAAGAUGCAGAAGACAUAGUUGAAAUUAUGAAGUACAGUAUGCUAGGAACUUACUCAGAUGAGUUUGGCAAUCUGGAUUUUGAGCGUUCUCAACAUGGCUCUGGAAUGAGCAACAGGUCAGCAGCAAAAAGGUUCAUUUCUGCUCUCAACACCAUUGCAGAAAGAACUUACAAUAAUUUAUUUCAGUAUCAACAACUUCGACAGAUUUCUAAAGAGCUAAACAUUCAGGUUGCUGACUUUGAAAAUUUUAUCAGUUCACUGAAUGACCAAGGCUACCUCUUGAAAAAAGGUCCAAAAGUUUACCAGCUUCAAACUAUGUGAACCUCCCUGGCCACCCUUUCCAGCAUUGGCAGCACCUUCACUCAUUCUUCUCACUGGCCGAGGAAGAGAAGUUGGAAUGUUCCUUUCUCCUCAUCGUUACUUCCAGGUUCUCCCUCUUCCUCCAUCACUCAGUAAACUCUCUUCCUUUGAGGUUCAUGCUAUUGAUAUCUACCAAACAAAUAUUUGUAUCUAUCAAACAAAAUCCUGGUGGCUAUUGUCUACAGAUCAUUCCUACCCCGCACCUCCCAGUUCACACCCCUUCUUUCCUCAAUGAGUUUUAUUCUUGGUUUAUAAUUUCCUCUCAUUGUCAACUCCUACUCUCAUACUAGAUGGAAUUCAAUAUUCAUAUUGAUUCUCCCUCAAAUACCCUAACUACUCAGUUCCUCAAUGUACUCACCUCUAAUGAGCUCUUCCUCCACCCUACCUCAUCCACAAAGAUCCACAGACCCUCGAUUUUACCAUCACCCACAAAAUGGACCAACUCUUAGGAUCAAAAAUUGUGAAAACCCACAUAUAAUCAUUAUGUACUGGCUUUUCACCUCUCCCUUUGCCUUCCUUUACUUAACCCUCUUCUUCAUCUGUACUUUGACCUCCAGUCCCCUUACUUCUCAAUUCUUUCCCAGUCCAUCUCCCCUGUACUAGCCACUCUCUUUUCCCCAUCUCAACCCCUUAGUGAACCAAUUCAACUUUGCACUGUCCUCUCUUCGAUCUCCAGCUCCCUUAUAUUGCCAAUUAUGCCCAGCCAAGCCUCAGCCUUAGAUCACUCCUACCAUUCAUUGCUUUCUUCCCUACACAGGUGUGGCUGAAUGAAGGUAGAGAAAAGCAUGCAAAUGUUUUGACUGGGUUUACUACAAGUUUAUGUUGUUGUUCAGUCGUUCAGUUAUGUCUGACUCUAUGAUCCCUUAUGGGAUU